UCAUUCUCCACAGAAAGCGGGUCAAACUCUGCUCCUGAAGUGAUGAAGGGUGGAGGAGGAGGACGGGAGGCUGGCUGCAGAGAGAGGGAGGUGAAAGAGAGAGAAGGCAUCUGUAAUCCUCUAAACAUGAAGUGCGGGUCAGAGCGCUGAGCCUCAGUGUGAAGGAUGGCUUCAUCCUCCUCCCUCUCAGCGCACAGAGCAUCUGUGGUUGUGGGCGGCGGCACACAGCAGGAUGACGGCUCGUCUGACCCUCCUCCUCUGGGCUCACGCCGUCAGUCUAACACUGGGUUAUUUGAUGGUGUCCAUGGAGCCUCUACCCCCCGUUGUGAUGGGAGACACAGUCACACUUAAGUGCAACUUUCGGACGGACAGCGAGCUCAGAGAGAUCGUGUGGUUUCAGGUAGAUGAAGGUGGAAGCACCAAGCAGAAGAUUUUUACCUAUGAUGCUGCGUUCAGCUCAAGUCCUCCGCACAGAGAAGACACACCUGAGCAGCUGGUUUACCACUCCACAGUACGGCUUCCUGAGGUUCAGAUGGAGGACACCGGCCUCUAUGAGUGUCAUGUGAGCGUCUAUGACAGCAGCUCCCCAGAUCUGCUACUGCUGGGCUCCGACAGCACUGCCCUCACCAUCAUCGUUCCUCCUCGGUCCAUCUCUGUGGAGGCCGCCAACAGCCCGGCGCCUUUUAGCCGUUAUGAGGCCCAGAACUUCACCUUGGUCUGUGUGGUUUCAGGAGCAAAACCAGCUCCUGUGGUGUACUUCAAACGGGACGGUGAGCUGAUUGAUGUUUUGCCGACAGUCCAGUCCUCUUCAAAAACAUCGAUGGGUUUCAGUUCAGAGCAGAAGUGGGCUCCGAACCAGACAGAUCAAUGGAGUAUCCAAGUUCACACCAAAUGGGACCUUGACGACACCAAACUUCAGAGGUCUCAGUCCCUGCUGGAUCAGGAAGGGAAGCUGGCUGGCCAGGAUUCCCAAGAACAAAAUGAGGAAGAGGAGACCGACUCACAGCCUGAAACCACCACUGAGAUGAUCCCAGAGACCGUGGUGAGCCGGGAGUUCCCACGCUGGGUCCAAAGCACAGACCCGCUUUACUAUUUCCAACACUGGCAGCAGGCGACUGGUGACGGCACCACCGACGUCAAGGCCAUGCUGACCUGGAGCCUCAACCCCCAGCUGGACAACGAGGCUCUGUUCAGCUGUGAGGUCAAGCAUCCAGCUCUGUCCAUGCCCAUGCAGGCGGAGGUCACACUCACUGCCCCCAGAGGACCAAAGCUGACAGUGACCCCCACCGAGGCCAAAGUGGGAGACACUGUACGGAUCGCCAUCCGAGGUUUCCAACUUGGACCCUCUGCUACGGAGGUCUUUCCUGAGCCCAUGUUCACCUGGACCAGAGUCGGGGGGCUCCUCCUGGACGGCAGAGAGAAGCAUGAGGGCCGGGAGCUGGUUCUGGAGAGAGUCCCCGCGGAGCUGAAUGGCUCCAUGUUCCGCUGCACCGCCCAGAACCCUCUGGGGUCCACAGACACCCACACUCGCCUCAUCGUGUUCGACAAUCCAAAGCUGAAGAAAGGAAAGGAAAACUUUGUUGUCAUCAGUGCAGAGAGCAGCCAGCGCUCGCUCUCCUUCCCCUCCAUGUUGCUGAUGCUGAGACUUUCCUGUGAGCUGACGUGACCCAGAGGCGCUGCUGACCCCCAACCCAAGGUCUCUCCACUCACAGGCUGAUGGAUGCACUGCUGACCCCAGUGGACUGCAAACACUCCACGGCUAACCAAUGAGCACAGAUUACAUUUUUGGGUAUGUAUCCCCCCAACCUCAUCAUUUAGUCUCUACAGUCACAGACGUGGUCACAUGGGGACAGUGUCCUGUCGGCCAAAGGCUGUUGAGCCUGGACUCCUGCCUGACAUGACAGUUUUCAUGCUGGACACACUGAGGCAGGUCUGAGGUUUUUAGAAAAGUAACAAUUCUGGAAAACCUGACAGACGCCAGCUCUCAACAAUUGGACCCCCCAAGACAUGCAGUCCUGGCUGGAAAGUUUGAAAAGAAAAGAUAAUUAUGUUUAAUGCAUUUACAUGAAAAGUAUGUAGAUGGUUGUUCAAUAAAAUCAAGUCUGCCAGAGUCCA